UCAGGUAACCCUGGAAUGUCCCCCUGAACACCUGGACACUGCGGUCCUCGUCCCCACUAUUACACAAGACGCUGUCGCCCAUUAUAUACAGGCGCUGGGAGAGUCGGUUGGUAUCUUUGCUGUGAAAGAGACGGCUGGAAUGGCAUUCACUCGCCCAGCGGUCAGCAUUGAGGAUGUGGAUUCCGGAUCUAUCACUGAAGCAAUAGGACAUGAAGAAAGUAUUAAGCCUCCAGCCUCCCCCUACAAACAGCGAACCCUCACCGUGCCGAUGACCUCCACUGCCCCAAAGAGUCAAAAGAGGACGCAGUCUGGGGAAAGCGCUGAUGACCUAUUGGACGGCGGCCCAGAGGAGGAGGAGGUGAUGGAGCGUUCCGCAUCCGCCAUCAGUCAAAGCAGCACCGUAAUCACAGAGCGCCUCCAGGAGCUGGUCAGACUGUUCAAAGACCGAACAGAGCGAGUGAAGGAAAAGCUGAUAGACCCUGAGGUAUCCUCCGAUGACGAGAGUCCUGUUGCAUCUCCAUCUAAAAAAGCUGCACCACCACCACCUCCCCCACCCCCCCCCCCACACGAGGAGAAGAAACCAGAAGGCGCAGCCCCCGUUGUGGAAGAACACUACUGUGAGAUGCUCUGCUGCAAACUUAAGACCCGACCAUGGUGGACCCAACUUCACAAAUACAGAUUCCCGUCCAGUAUUGAUCCACUGACUAACCUCAUGUAUGUCCUGUGGCUCUUCUUCGUGGUGAUGGCGUGGAAUUGGAAUUGUUGGCUCAUCCCAGUACGUUGGGCCUUUCCCUACCAGACGCCGACCAACAUCCACUACUGGCUCCUCAUGGACUAUCUUUGCGAUCUCAUCUACCUGCUGGACAUUGUUGUGUUUCAGGCCCGCCUGCAGUUCGUGCGUGGCGGCGACAUCAUUGUAAGUUUUACGAGUCAUCUACCUCACAAUCCCAUUGGACAGUCCUCACAUCGCACAGACAACACCCAGCCACAGAUAUCAUCCACCAUAGACAUUUUGAUGUGUGUGAUAACGUUACAAUCCUUUAUAAAAUCUAGUCUGGCUAUUCCUGGCUCCCCGAGGGAGGGCCUUUUUGUAGGGUGACCACAUUUCCAAACUGCCAUUCAGGGACAACCCCCCCCUUCCCAAAAAUCAACUUGUGCCGUAACGAAUCCCAGCACAAAACCGGUGUGCUCUAUACCCAGAAGCACUGAUCACGCCCCCAAAAAAGGACGCCAUAUCGCCACUUUUACUCACUGACGGUACUUGUCCUGGCCGGCUGAGACCCGAUUUUACCUUGUUCCAUG